CUGUUUCCACUACUAGGAGUAAAGACCAGAAAAGACAAAGCAGGAUGAAAAGAUGGCUGACUUCUUGUUACCACCGGGUACUAACAGCUUCCACCGGUUCACGCCUGAAUCCUUGGCUGCUAUUGAGAAACGAAUUGCAGAGAAGCUUGCAAGGAAUGCAAAGCAGGAAUACAGAGAGCAGCUGGGGGAAGAAGAGAAACCUCAGCCUCAGUUUGAUUUGCAAGCUUGCAAGAAGCUGCCAGAUAUCUAUGGGACUGUUCCUCCAGAGCUCAUUGGGGAGCCAUUGGAGGACCUUGACCCUUUCUACAAUGACCGUAAGACAUUUAUAGUACUGAACAAAGGGAAGACAAUCUUUCGAUUUAGUGCCACUCCUGCCUUGUAUAUACUUAGUCCUUUCCAUCCAAUCAGAAGAGCAGCAAUUAAAAUUUUGGUACAUUCAUUGUUCAGUAUGUUUAUUAUGUGCACUAUUUUAACUAAUUGUGUGUUCAUGGCACAAUCAGAGACUCCUUCGUGGAACAAAUAUGUUGAGUACACUUUCACUGGCAUUUACACUUUUGAGUCAUUGAUAAAAAUACUGGCGAGAGGAUUUUGCAUGACAGAAUUCACCUUCCUUCGAGAUCCAUGGAACUGGCUGGAUUUCAGUGUUAUUGUUAUGGCAUACAUAACUGAAUUUGUGGACCUGGGCAAUGUCUCAGCCUUACGAACGUUCAGAGUACUGCGGGCGCUGAAAACAAUCUCAGUCAUUUCAGGACUGAAGACCAUUGUAGGGGCACUUAUCCAGUCUGUUAAGAAACUUGCUGAUGUGAUGAUCCUGACCGUUUUCUGCUUGAGUGUCUUUGCCCUCAUAGGCCUCCAGCUCUUCAUGGGCAACUUGCGACACAAAUGUGUCAGGGACUACACCAAGUUUAACUUCACAAAUGGCACAUUGUACUUGGAUGGUAGGACAUGGAACACCUCAGAGGAAUUUCUUAGUGAUCCAG